AUGGAUACUGGUUUUCACUACAAUAGAACCUUGAGCUCUGGUCUGAAUCGACAUGCCAUAUCCUUCCAAACAAGUGCAGUAGCCAGCACAUCGGAGAUGAUGAUGAUGGGUGAUUACUAUCCAAUGAACAGUACAUCAACACUAGGCACAAGGUUUUCAAACUGUGAUAUAGCAAACAGCAGUUCAGGGUUUACACAAGCUGGGAAUCCGAAUUCCUCUGGUUCUGUUCUUGCUGAUUCCAUUCCAGGGUUGAAGCAUGAUGCAGGCUUGGCUGUCGAAUGGUCUGCUGAAGAACAACAUAAGUUAGACGAAGGGCUUUCCCAAUUUGCUGAUGAACCUAGCAUCAUGAGGUACAUCAAGAUCGCUGCCACAUUGCGUGAUAAAACUGUUCGUGAUGUUGCUCUGAGGUGUAGGUGGAUGGCUAGGAAACGAAGGAAACAGGAAGGACUAAAUAUGGGGAAAAAGUUGAAAGAUAAGAAGGAUACUUUGGUGGAAUCAUUUACAAAGCCAAGUAUAUCAUCAGUUCCAACAUUAAAUGUGGCUCCAUUUUCUGUUACCAUGAAUAAUCAUGUCCAGAUUGACAGUAUUACUUUUGAAGCAUUAAGUGGCUCAAUAAGGAAUUUACUAGAACAAAAUAACCAAGUUAUUGGUCAGAUUUCAGCUAAUAUUUCCUCAAUGAAACUGCAGGACAAUAUCGACCUUUUCAACCACAUGAAGAAUAAUAUAACUACCAUAUUAAACAAUAUGAGGUAUAUGCCUGGGCCACCAUUCCCUGUAUCACUAAAUGAAGAUCUUGCUCAUAGUAUUUUACCAACAUCAAGUCAGACAAUGAUGUUUGAGGGAUCAGGUGGGAUGUAUAUGAAGCAAGAACCAGGGUUUUGAUGUGGGAGUUUGGUUGCAAAGUACAAAAUUAAAGGUGAUGUAAAUUUAAAAUAGGUUCACUGUAUUGAUUGCCUAUUCGGGUUUAAAUCCAAUGAUAUAAAAAAGAAAAUUCGUAGAGAUCACAUUUUUGAAAAAAAAAAAUUUAAAAUGUUUAGGUCAUUUGCUUAUGUUUACCCUUUAUAGUCUAUACAACAACAAAGUAGGCCCCCAAAAAUGUACUUUUUGUUCCUCGUGUUAGACCUAAAAUAAAGAUCUCAGUUUGUAGAGAUUUUAGCUCAAAUUAAUAGGAUGACUGAUGACUUGUUGUUCUUCUGGCUUUUGGUG